AUGGUUAUUCAAAUGUUAAUACUGUGUAUAAUUUCAAUUCUGUCAUUUGCCUACGCUGAUAUUACUACUACUACUACUACUGCUAAUGCUACUACCAUUACAUUGAAUAAUUCGGUUAAUACUAUACAACCUUAUUUUAGUUGUAAUAUAACUCAACGCGGUUUUCAUCUUCGAUUGCAUUGUGAUUUCCAUGAUUUUUCAAUUAGUUUACUGGAGCAUUGUCAACUUCAUGUACAUUUACCAUCAGGUUUUUUCAUUGAUCCAUAUGAAUUAACUUCCAGUCAACCGAACUUAAAAUUUUCAAUUAGUCAGUCAGAAAUACAACCAAAAUUACAUGAUACCAUUAAACAAUUUGUAAAUUGGUUUACAUAUUCUAAGUUGGAAAAGAAAAAUACCGAUCAUUCCGAUGAAAGUAAACAAUUAAUUAUUCAGAAUAAUUUGGUUGAUAUUGAAGCUCCAGAAUGGCUUGCUAAACCAUUAACAUUCAAAUUUAAUAUUAAUCAACUGGGGAUAAAUCAAUCAAUUAGUUAUUUAGAUUUACCUAUUCAUCUACGAUAUCAUCUCCCAUCAACAAAAACUGAUAACACUAAUGAUGAUUCUAUAUAUAUUACUGAAAUUAAACAUCCUAUACUAAGUUGUCCAAAAUGCAAUAAUGUCAGAAAUAUAAACAGUCAACAGUUUUUCUCUAUCAUUGUUCCUAUACCUUUGUUAUCUUACCUUGUAUUUGUGAUGCCUAUUACAAUUUUACUGCUAAUUAUGGGUAUGAUAUAUCUCUUGAUGGCCUAA